CUUUAUGACUUCUCGUAUAUGAAGACAUAAAAAAGAGGCAGGACGAGUGCUGUUAAUAUAGAUUAGAAAAACACAGUCAAGUUAUUGUUCAAAUCAGAGAGCAAAGAGACAACAACAGAGGUGUCCAAAACAGUCUCAAUCUGUAAUCCUGAAGCAAACUUUAAAGAUCAAGAUGAAGACCCUGGUGCUGCUCUUUGUGGGUGCCACAGUGGUGCUGGGGAUGCCUCACGUGAAACAAAAUCCAGUUGCAGGAGAGGAAAACCAGCCCCCAGUUGCUGGGGACAGGAUACCCAUCCAAGGUCAUGUGGUGGUGGAGCAUCCUGCACCACAGGUUUUACUGAGCCCUAAAGACAAACAGGAGAAUACGGCUCCAGCAGAACAGAAGCAAGAGGCGAAUGAGGCUGAACUUGAGACAAAGGAGAAGCAGGACGUUAAAGAGGUGCAGGAGAUGAACGCAGAAUUGGAGGUUAAGGUGGAGGAAGAGUUGAAACCAGAGCAAGAACCAGCACCGGAAGCAUCUGUGGAAGGGGAAGCUAUAAUGGAGCCAGGGGUAGAGUCAGUGCUUAUAGAGGAGCCUGAUUUUAAGGUGGAAUCUGAGGAUAAGGUCAAAGUUGAAGGGCUACCUCAAUAUGAGCUGGAGGAAGAAGAAGAUAAGGUAGAUCCUGAUUUUAUGAUGCAAUCAGGGGUUAGGUUGGACACUGAUGUUCAAAUGGAUUUAGAACCAGAAGAGGCACCUGUAGUAAAUGAAGCUCCAGAGACUUUUCAGGCACAAGUGGACGUCGAUAGAGAAAUAGAUCCAGAAAUGGAAGUUGAAGAAAGGCAUAUAGACAUGGAGGGAAAACUCCUGCCUAUCAUGGAGUUAGAGCCACUGGACGAUGGCGACGUGCCUGGAGAGGAAGUGAGCAACACAGGGCUGUCUGAAGAAGAAAUGGCCUUUAGAGAGGCUUUUCAAGAACAGGAUACUGUUGCUGAAUAUGUGCCAGAGGAGGAGGAAGAGGAAGAGGAGGAUAAGGUUGAUGGGGAAGAAGAUUUCCAGGAGCAGAAGGAAAACCAUGUUGCAGAUGAGCAAGAGAUCCCGGAACUACAGCCUGAGUUGACAGGAGAGAAAAAUCCAGAAGACAUACCAAAUGCUAUGGUUCUGGAUGAGGAACUAAUCGACCCAGUGCCGCAGCAGAUGAUGCUUCUGUCAGAAAACUAUUUCCCAGAGGAAGAGGCAGGGAUGGAGAUGUAUGUAAAUAAUAAAAGAGCACCCGAGCCAUUCUCAGAGGAGCCAGGAAUGGAAGAUGAAGGUCUUCCAAUGAUGAUAGGAGGUGAUACAUACAGGCAAGGGGAGCGCUAUUGUCCUGGCGUUAUUACUGAUGGGAAGUGUUACCAAUUCUACAAAGAACCAAAGACAUAUGAGGAUGCCGAGUUCUUCUGCCAAGAACAAUUUUCAGGCGGCCACUUGGCCUCCAUCAUUAGCCAACACGUCCACCAAGUGCUGAUGCAGCUCAUAGAAGAAAGUGGAGGAUAUACACGCACCUGGGUUGGAGGACGACGACUAGAUAGCGAUCGUUUUGUCUGGUUGGACGGAUCCCGCUGGACCUACGAUGACUGGCUCCCAGGAGAGCCGAAUCACACAGCAGGACUGGAGUAUUGUUUAGAGGUUUUAGGAAAUGGAAAGUUUAAUGACUUCACAUGUUGGGAACCUCAAGCUUUCAUCUGCUCCUACCCUUCUCAGUAAAUUCAGAGGAAGAUCUACAAGCUGCCUUUUUUGCCUGAUUGGAUGUUUAGUUCAGAGUUUUUUCCACUUUUCCUUUCUUUACUUGUCCAAUAAUUAGUCAGUCAAUCAUUUUCCAUACCGCUUCUUCCAUAGUGGGUCGCGGGGAAGCUGGUGCCUAUCUCCAGCAGUCUAUGGGUGGGAACGUUUCUGUCAGUCAGUAUUAGUUUUGUUUAUUUAGAAAUAAUGUUGGGUUUUUUUCUGUUUCCUCCACUGGCUGAAAUAGGUGGAGCUCACUUAUAAUAUGUGCUAAUACCUGAAGAAAUGGACUACAUAGGUAUCUAAUUUUUCAUUUUUCUUUUUUAUAAAUAAAACAUUUAGUAAAGAAAAAGUUCUGAACAGUAGUAAUUUGGUUGUGAAUACUGGCAUAAUGGAGCGAAAAUGUAAUUACACUAAUAUUACAUGUAUAAAGGUAUAUAUGUAGGCUACUGUAUGUUCAAAAGAUAAAUAUUAGGCACCACAAAGCUAUAAUACUGUCAGGAUAGCAUGAGAUAUAUCAAUAAACUAUUAACAGUAAUUAUUAGUAAUUCUGUAUAAAUGAAAGCACAAUUACCUGUUCUGAAUGUGUAUAUAUUCAUUGUUUUAGAUACUGAGAAAUAAAAUCAACUUUUAAAUAGAAAUUGUUAUGGGUAGAGUUUUAGGGGAGUAAAAGUGAUUCAACUCCAAUCCUCAUAGAUCCUGUCAUUUAUCAUUUUGUCAUUUAUUAGGUAUACCUGAAAUGUUUUUAUAAUAGUUUCAAUUUAAAUAAAUUGUGAAAAAAUUUUA